AUGACUUCAUUAGUGGAUGCACAAAAGCCUCAUUGUCAACCUAAAACAGUUCAUGAAUAUCAUGGUCAUAUAAUAGGAUAUGCUGCUGGCGAAUUAAUUCGUCGUGUUGAUCUUCAUCAUCGUACAUACAAUCAAUUUGUUCGCGAUGAAUUAGAUAGGGAAUUUUAUGUGAGUAUACUUCAUGAUGAAGUUGAAGCACGUGUGUCUCCUGUCACUCGUAAAGAAGUUGAUACAAGUAACGUAUUUUCAAUGGAUUCACAAACUCAAAAAAAAUCAUUAUCAUGUAGUGAUGCUUCUCCCUUGGAAAGCUCAUUGAUGAUAUUUAACGGGACUCGACUUCAUUGUGUAGCAAUACCUUCUGUGAAUGAAAUUACAAAUGCUCGAUCUUUAGCUCGUAACUAUUAUUUACUGAUUGGUGAUAUCAAUGAAUAUGGGAAGAAACAGAAGCGUCUUUUAAGUGUACAAACUCUUAUAGAAGCAACUAAAAAUGUAACUCCGACAGACGAAUCUGAUCGAAAUUGGUAUAAUAUGUCAACAAAUUUUGGAAAGGGUAGAUUUCAAAUAUAUAGUGAUUGUUUUAAUAUAUUUGGUGAUGGUGUCUUUAGUCAUUCUGGUAAGAAUAGAAUAUUGAAUUAG